AUGUCACUGUCAAUCUCGGCCGUUGAACGCAACAACCCACCUCCGCGGCGGAAAUCCUGUUCAGCCUGCAUCAAGGCCAAACGACGAUGUACACAAGAAACACCAGCAUGCCAGCGGUGCACCCAGAGGAGCUUAGCCUGCCAAUACCCGGAAGGGCGAGUCUCAAAACGACCCUUGCCAGCAAGCACACCCAGUAAUAACCCAUCCCACUCGUUGACUGGACCACCAUCCGCGCUUCCAACUCCUGGAUCAUCAUGGGACUUCGCGGUCUGGGAGAACCCCUCAGCAUAUCCAGAGUCACAGGAGCCGGUCAACGCACAUUCCAUACUCUUGGAUGGUGCAGACGCUUUGGACCUUUUUAACUUUAACACUGUUGAUCCCACCCUUGGGGAUCUUGGUGUUGCCGCUAAUGACUCGGCACAAAUUCCGCGAGAAAUGGCAGCUGGGGUACCGGAUGACAUGGGUACCAACAGAAUAAUAUAUGACUUAGUUAUUCCUGGUCCUCCGGCAGCCCUCCCUCAAACCGCAGCCGUAGCCUGGGCUUUCAAGAACAGACUCAACUUCGCCCUCGAUAAAAUCCGCGAUGCCCCCCGACGGAUGGUAUGUGAGAAUCAAACACCAUGGUCUCACCCGUGUCUUUAUGAACACAGUAUGCCGCAGUCAAUGCAAGACGCCUACUCCUCCUGUGCCCUCCACCUCUCCAAAAACCCAAUCAACACCGACAUCAUAACCCGCAACAUCGAAUCCCGCAUCACCACCCUCCUCUCCACUCCACUCCCCCUCUCAUCCCCCCGAGAACUCCUCUCCCGAGUCCAGUCCCUCCUCCUCUACCAAAUCCUGCGCGUCCUUGACAACUCCUACAAGUCCUUCUCCGCCAUAAAUGACACCAUCGCCCCCCUAGAAGAAGCAGCAUUUGCCCUCAUGUCUCACAUCACCUUUGAAGAAGGAACUUUUGACAGCCCCUCCGAUCACCCACUUCAACCCCCCACGUCUCAACAACCCCCCGCAAAAUCUGAUGAAAUCCUCCCACUCUACCCACUAGACACAACCCGCAAGUUCUGGGAGGUUUGGGUGUUUCAAGAAUCAGCUCGUAGGACUUUCUUGAUCGUCUUCUUUUUCGUCCAGAUUUAUCGACUGAUGAAGGGUGAGGUACCGACGAAAUGCGAUGGGAGGCUGGGGAUGAAUAGCUCUUUUACGUUAGGCGAGGGGGUGUGGAAGGCGAGGGAUCCGUUGAGUUUUGGGAUUGCGUGGGGGGAAGGGAGGAGGUGGGCGGUGAAGAAUGCCAAAGCGGAGGAUGUGGAUGUAUUCAGCAAAAUGGUGCUGAGUAGCUUUUUGGGUAUUGACGAGGCGAGGGGGUGGUUGAUGAGCACUGGGGGGGAUUUGUAG